UCUCCUUAAAACGUAAAUAAAAGAAAGUUUCAAACGUCAGUUCGUUGAUUACAUUUUUCUCUCUGCUAGUAAAGUAACAGAAAAUCAGAAUAACGAAAACAAUGGACAAUGAAAUUGACGACAACGAGUUCUAUCAACAAGAUUUCACCACUGCAUCCGAAUGGGAAGUAUUCAAUGCCAGACUCGAAGAACAAUUCCACGAAUGGAAAUUGCCUUUCGUUGAGACAAAGGCACCACUAAACCGAAAUGAAUUGUCCUUGUGCGAAUGGAAUGUGGUCAAAGAAAAUGUUUACUUUGCGGACAGUGAGUUGACAAUUGCUAGAUAUUGUGCGAAACCGGCAAACAAUCCUACGUCACCCGAAAAAAUGAAAUCACAAACGUGUCAGGCAUUCAAGGACUUAUUGGCACUGGAGAAUAAUUUCUGCAUCUUGGAUGAACGGUGCGACGAUACAAAAAUUCAUCCGAUUGCCAGAUGGUAUGGGCUGAGAGACUUUGUUGUCGUUUAUCCCACGAAAUCAGCGAUUACGAACGAAAGCCAAAUUCGUGUGCUUCUCAGCUCCAUACAUAUUGCAGUGGCUGAAAGUAAUUGCGAGGUUCCGGUCUUUGUGCAGGUCAUGGAGAAACGACGAAAGGUUUAUCUUGGCGUAUGCGAAAGUCGUUCGACAAGACUCACGUUCGAUAUUGUUCACCUUGCGUCGACGCCACCCACUUGCAAAUAUCUGUCGGGCUUAUUGGACAUGUUCAAAGGCAAAAUUGGCAUUCCAUACGUCGAUCCUGUCGUUGUAUCACUCCGUCUCACAUACACGCUCAACAAAUUCUUCAGUUCUGCGUUUUCGAAUCAACCGGGCGCGGACACGAGAAGUGAUAUAACAUGUUUGCCAUGGGGCGCUCCCAUCGAUCCGGUUACCGAACUUUUGUUGUACUGCGACUGGAAUCAGGUGGCCGAAAAUGUCGUAUUAGAUUCGCAAAAUCAUUCCGAUUUCGAUGCUUUGCUGGCUCCGAAAUGGUCGUUACGUGCUCGCUUCCAAGAUUCCAAUGAAAUAUGUUAUCAGUUGCGCGAAUGUCUGGCCGAAUAUAUGCAGCUUAAUGAGAAACCGCACACUCUGUUCGAUAUAUUCGGUGACGCUUUUGCCUUCGGUACGACCGAAGGAAAUCCCUUGGAUUUAUUGACCGAGUCAAAGAUCUCGAAAAUUUUACCUAACUUCCCGUCGUCGAAAUCUUACGAGCACAAGAGCCAAAUGCAAAAUAAACGAACAAUUGAUGGGCCCAUUGGCGAAGACAUGCUAACCAUGCUGUACUUUAUGUUUCCGGACGCAGACUCGAAUUCACCACAUUCGUACGAUGUUUUUGAUUCGGAUAGUUUUGAUCCGUUGAAAAUAAAAAGUGCACCUGCCGGAUCGCUGGUACACAGAUUAAGCACUUUGUUGGCUAUAUGCAACGCCAAUUACGGUGGACUAAGAGCUGUUGCGCAAUUGUGGGCUGAAUUUACACAGGAGAUGAGAUAUCGAGUCGAACGCUGCAUACAGAUACCGGGCGUUGGUACUGGCUUUCCCGAUUCUCGGACAUGUUUGCUACAUCAAAAAUUACAAAUGCUGAACGUUUGCAUGGAACGGCGAAGCAUUCGAGAAGGUGGUCUACCAUUUGCGAUGAUGUCGCCCAUAGGAAAGCCUUCGCAUGAAGAUUCCGAUGAUGAAUUCUUCGAUUGUGCGAAUGAGGAGGAAGAAGAAAAAGAACGAAAUCGUGGUAAACAUGCGCCAUGGAAUAAGCCGGAAGGACGCCUAUCCCGACUAGGUGAUAUGAUGCUAGUAGAUAGUGACGAAUAUCUCUAUGUCCCGGUAACACAAGAGCCUGUGCCGAAAACCGAAGAUCAACUGGAAGAUGAUGCAGAAGUUAUGUUGAAAUUGGGACCAGGAAGUGAAUUAAGAGCCCAAAUGAUGAGUGCCUCAUUGCUAUCCGAUAUGGAGAGUUUUAAAGCAGCCAAUCCGAACGGAAAAAUCGAAGAUUUCAUUCGAUGGUAUUCACCUAGAGACUGGAUCGAAGAUGAUCAGGGUGAGAGUACAGAAGAAGAACCCAAUCCCAGAAAAGGACGCUUGAGUUCUAGAAUGCUCAUUCCAGGAAAUACAUGGCAGAGCGUAUGGGGUAAUGCAAAACCGGUUCCGGCAAGACGUCAGAAACGAUUGUUUGACGAUGCCAAGGAGGCGGAAAAAGUUACACAUUUUUUGGAGUCGCGAAAUAUUGGCCAAAUUGUCCAACUUACACUAGCCUGUCUCUUUCAUACAGCUGUUCUAAAUGUUAAGGAAAAUGUGACAACCAGUUCGAUCGUCGUUCCCGACUAUGAAUCCAAUUACGAUAAAGUCAUCGCCCAGUGCUGUAAAUUGUCACGUGAACUGUGGACACCUUCGAAUUCACGGAUGAAUUCGAUAGCAAAGUGGGAAGCACUUUUGCAAGACAUUUCGAACAUUGAAUGCUUAUCGUCAGUGUCGCAGAGUCUUGCCCAUAAGCUAUUUACGCAUCGGAGGGUGGGAGACACUUUUGAUCUGCAAGCGAAGGAUAAAGCUGUGAUGGAGUCCCUAUUACGAGGAUACGAAGCUGAAUUGGCCGACGGAGCCAGAGGCGAUAUCUCCUUGAAACUUUUAAACUUAUUUUCCGAAGUGAAACGAAUACAGAAUGAACAACCGAUCGAUGAAGAGCCAACUAAUCAGAUGCAAUCUCUGCCGAAUCCAUCCGAGAAACAGUUUACGCUUCGAUUAAGCGGUAAAACGUUGUCGAAAGGUGAUGGAGGACCACAAUUUUUAAGAGCGAUUUUGGCACAAAAUGAAUUUCGGCUGUGCGGGGCAUUUUCCCAGGACACGACAUUUUUUUAAGAUUUAGUUCCAGCAUCAAGGCACACCGGACUAACAAUUUAUUGUAUCUCAUUCUCAUUUGCACGGAAAUAAAAUCAACCGUGAUAUCGCACAC